AUGUCGAUAGCGCCAUCGCAAAUCAUUUAUCUGCCGAUCAUCACACGGAGUAUUACGGAUCUAACCAUACGCGUUGUCGACCAGAACGGACGAUUGCUCGAUUUUCGUGGAAAAGAGAUUACCGUUAGAUUGCACGAGCCAAUCUUUGACGAUCGCAUCGUCAAGAUUGAGACUCACACAUACAAUCCAUUCGCCAACACAACAUUUGGAUACAGCGAUGAGACACGAAUACCUAUACAACAACAGGAUCUCUAUACGUUGCCACAUGAAAGUUUUCUGUACAUCGAGGGAAAACUAACAACAGCCAAACAAAUCGAAGGAUCUGAUGUAAUACUGGGAAAUAAUUGCGUCGCGUUCAUGUUCGAUGAGAUUCGAUAUGAACUUGACGGCGUGGAGAUUGAUCGUACCAGAAAUGUCGGAAUAACCAGCACGCUCAAGACCUAUGUCUCGACAUCAUUCGAUAAAAUGGUAUCUCUGAAGAAUGCCGGCUGGGAUGUGUCGAACAAUGGGAAGGGAGAUUUCAAUUUUUGCGUACCGCUCAGCAUGCUAUUGGGAUUCUGUGAAGAUUACAAACGCGUGGUGAUUAACGCUCGUCACGAAUUGAUUUUAAUACGAUCGCGCAACGAGAACAAUUGUCUGUUUGGAACUAUAGCACUGGAGCCGCAGCUUGAAAUAUUCAAGAUACAAUGGCGAAUGCCGCAUGUGCUGUUAAACGAGGUGAACAAGCUAUCGAUGCUGCGUGCUUUGGAAAGCGGACAAUACCUUAACAUGGGUUUUCGUUCAUGGGAUCUCUAUGAGUUUCCACUAUUGCAGCGGACGACUAAGCAUUCGUGGGCUAUUAAAACGGCUACUCAGCUCGAGAAACCGUGGUAUGUUAUUUUCGCUCUGCAAACAAAUCGAAAGAAUAUCAUGUCUGAGAAUGUGAGUCAAUUCAAUCACUGCAAAUUGAGCAACGUAAAACUCUAUCUGAACUCGGAAUGUUAUCCAUAUGACGAUAUGAAUCUGGAUUUCGAUAAAAGCAAAUGGUCGAGUCUGUAUGAUGCGUUUUCACGAUUCCGGAAGAGCUAUUGGGGAAACGAUGAUCUUGCAACAGGUCUCACUGUCGACAAUUUUCUAGAAUAUGGUCCGUUUGUGAUCAUCGAUUGUUCUCGACAAAACGAAUCGGUCAAGAGCGCGACUGUGGACGUGAGAUUGGAAUUUGAGUGUAAAGAGAAUGUACAUGCGAAUACCACUGCGUACUGCCUCAUUAUACACGAUCGAGUGGUUCAGUACAACCCGCUAACCAAUGUGCGCAAAAUCACCUAA